CCCUCGUCGGACACCGUAUUGAAUGCAUGGCCCGUGGGGAACAUGUUGAAGGUGACAGGUAGUGCAAUGCCGGCAGCUCUGACUUUGUUGCCGGUCACCGUGUUCGCUGCCACCGGUGACGGAGUGAAAGAAGCGGCUCCCAGUAGCGGGGAGAAAGAAGCGACCCCCGGGGACGAGCACAAAGAAGCGGCCGCCGAGAACGGGCAUAAAGAAGCGGCCGCUCCGUUGAUCCGAGACGAGCUGUCUCUGUACACCGCUCCUCCUCCGCUUAAGACCCGGUACGUGGAACAUGAAGCCGGUCAGCUGGAGCAGAAUGUCGCCACCGUCAGGAGGGCGAUAGAGCCGUACACGGCUUGGUGUCAAGGCGCCUACGGCAAAAUUAAACCCAAAGUUCAAGAGGUCGUCCAGUUCGGGAAUGACAGCUACGCCUAUCUGAAGAACCCUCCGAAGGACUUCUACCCGCGGGCAGGAGUCAUCGCCUUCAGCGGCGUCCUGGGGCUGUUUCUCGCCAGAGGCUCCAGGAUCAAGAAACUCGUCUACCCGGCGGGCCUGAUGACCGUGAGCACGUCCCUCUACUACCCGGAGAAGGCUGCGGCCAUCGCAAAGUCAACCGGGGACUCCAUGUACGACUCCGCGGUGCAGAGCUUCGCCGCCGUGGAGAAAAUGUUCAAGGGCCCCCCGAACAAAACCGACAAAGGCACCGAACCCCAACCAAAACCCUGAUGAUCUCAAGUGUGAACUCUGCACCAGCUCAGCAAUAAGAAAUCAGCCUUUUCCUGAUUACUGUAGAUUGACAUGCGAUACCUACACAGGCUCUCUCUCAUGUGUGUGACUUUCUCAUGCCCACUCUUUUGCACUAAGCUUCUAAUGUAACUCAGGCCGGGCAUGGCCUGUCACAAAGGAUUUGCAACUUGAAUGAUUUACUUCUGCUUCUGAUUGGAAUGUAUAUUUAUGUAGAGAAUUAAUAAAAUUGACCUUGUCUUACA